AGAAUCCAAGAAUUUGAGGCGACGCUUACAAUGCAAGAGAGUAGAAGAGAGGUGCCGACAACAGAUGGAGAACUCGGGAGGCAUGGCAGAUCUAGCUUAGCCGCUCCUAGUGAGAAUGAAAACUGUCUGGGUACCAAAAGACAAAAACAGGAUAUCAAGUCAAAAAUCACCAGAAGAUGAAAAACAACCCAGAAGUCCAGCUUCUCCCCAAGUUCUAACUGUGGAGACAAGUGAGGAAACUGGCUUGAAAGCAAUGUUCAAGGUGGCAGAAGAAAUGGAGAAUUCAGCUAAGCAAGAAACCAUCCAAUUUGUUAAUCGAGUUUUGGUGGACAAUGGUGUUGCUAUCAAGGUGUUGCCAACUUGUAUGUUACACAAAAUUGGCAAAUCUUUGAUAGAUUUGAUGGAGAUAGAAGUGACAAUCAGUGACUUUAUAGGUGGAGUAAAUCGUUCAAGGCGAAUUCUGCCAGUGGAGCUCACUGUGGGAAAUAGAACUCUCAUGUGUGCAUUCUUUGUAGUUGAUACUGUAGCCACUUAUAAUGCAUUACUUGGGAGAGACUGGAUCCAUUCUAGCUGGUGUGUUCCUUCAACUUUGCACCAAAAAUUGAUAUUCUGGAAUGGUGGCAGAACUGAGGUCGUGAAAGUUGAUGAUAAACCUUUUGUGGCUAACACUAAUUCGGUGGAAGCUCGUUAUUAUGAUGAAGAAAUUGGGACCAUUCGCUUCUUUGGGAUGGACAGUAAUGGCAGACCAGCUGGAAUUACUACCAGUACUAGAUCAGCACUCACUAAAUGCACAGUAAAGAAGGUUUGUGAUGAACUCCUUCGACCUACAGUAAUUGUUCCUUCUAGGCCAAGGGAGGAGCCAGAAAUUGAAGAAAUUCCAUGAAGAGACAGUGAAUCAAUUGCCAGAAGAAAAAGGCCGUGGAAGAAAUUAAAAGGAAAUUAGUGGC